UCACAUUAAUUGUUAUUGUGUAAAAUGAUUAAUGUUAUCGAAUAACAUUUAAACAUUAUACUUUCAUAUUUACACUUGAACAUUUAUUUUAGCAAUUAAUUACUUUGGUUGGAAAUCGGUAACAAUACGUCCAUAAAAUUCAACUUUGAAAAUAUAAUGUUUGCCCGGAAUAUGUACAAUGAUCUACUCAAACCGUUCAACACAAUUUACAAAUGUUGGUCAUUGUCAAUGCUUCCUGGCAGUGAACGAGAAGACAUUGAUAGUGGUGGUAAAAUUAUAAUGCCCCCAUCUGCUCUGGACACAUUGACUCGAUUAAAUAUCCACUACCCAAUGAUGUUCAGGUUAUCUAACAAAAGAAGCAACAGACAAACACACUGUGGUGUUUUGGAGUUUAUCGCAGACGAAGGAAAAAUAUACAUUCCUUAUUGGAUGAUGAAAAACCUGUUACUAGAUGAAGGAGAUUUGGUGCAAGUUGAAAGUGUUGGAUUAAGAGUAGCCACCUUUUCAAAGUUUCAACCUCAGAAUUCUGAAUUCUUAGAUAUUACCAACCCAAAGGCAGUUUUAGAAAAUUGCUUGCGUAAUUUUGCUUGUCUGACAACUGGUGAUGUAAUAGCCAUUAAGUACAAUCAAAAAGUUUAUGAAAUGUGUGUGUUGGAAACCAAGCCAGGUAAUGCUGUUAGUAUCAUUGAAUGUGAUAUGAAUGUUGAGUUUGCUGCACCAGUUGGUUAUCAAGAGCCUAAGCAUGAAAAAAAACCUGCUGCAGAAGAGAUAAUGGUUGAUCCAGCUGAUUUAAUGCCAGAACCAUCUGGUUUUAUAGCAUUCAAAGGUUCAGGCAGUAGAUUAGAUGGUAAGAAAAAGAAAGACAAUACUGACGAUUCAAUGAAUCAAGUAAAAGCAGCAUACCAAAGAGGUAUUCCAGAUUAUGAUUAUACCUUAGGAACUAUACAGUUCAUAAGGAACAUCCGUCCAGUGAUUAAUGACAAAGAGAAUGAAAAUCAAGAUGGAUUUAAGCCAUUUGCUGGAUCUGGAUCAGUACUCAAAACAAAGAAAAAGUAAUAUAGUUUUCCUUUAUUACAUGUACAUAUUUGUUUAAUAUAAGAAGAUUUUGAUUUUAUAAAGUGUAUUGUAUUUAAGAUAAUUCUGUUUUUUAUUGUAAAGU